AUGACUUGCUCAAAACUCAUUUUGGUAACACUCUUGGUCUGCUCAGCACUUGCUGCUCCACAAAAUUUGACCACGAAACAAGGUCGAAACGGAAAUUCUCAGGGACAAAAUCAGCAAGGUCAACAAUCAGGAAAUCAGCAGGGAGGUAAUCAACAAGGAGGCAACCAACGUGGUUCCAACGGCCAAUCUGGAUUUGGUGGAAGCUCACAAGCAGGUUUCGGAGGAAUGCAAGGAGGAUUCGGAGGAGAAAAUUCACAGGGAGGAUUCGGGGGAUUCGGUGGACAAGGGGGAAAUCAGGGAGGAUUCGGCGGAGGGUCACAGGGAGGUUUCGGAGGACAGCAAGGAUUUAGUGGAAACUCUCAGCAAGGUGGAUUCGGAGGAUUCGGUAGUCAGGGAGGGAAUCAAGGAGGAUUCGGAGGACAGGGAACUCAGUCUGGCUUCGGAGGAGGUUUUGGUGGACAGUCUGGAUUUGUAGGUGGUUUCGGAGGGCAACAAUCAGGAUUCGGUGGACAAUUCCCAUCUCAACGUCCAGCACAACAGAAUGAGUUCGGAGGACAACAAUCUGGAUUUGGAGGGAACUUGCAGGGAGGAUUCAGCGGACAGCAACAGGGAUUUGGAGGAAAUAGUCAGCAAGGAGAAUUCAGUGGUCAACAAGGAUUCGGUGGGAACUCACAACAAGAUAGAUUAAGUGGACAGUCAUCCGGUUUCGAGAGCCAACAGAACGGAUUCAGUGGAGGCUCUCAAGGAGGAUUCAACGGGAAUAACCAAGGAUUCUAA